AUGACAGAAAAUAUUCAGGAUGUGCGUGUUGGUCGACAUCGUGACAAGCUUGAACUGAUCCGUGACUCUUUACGACCUUUCGAGCAGACCGGCAGCGAUGCUUCUUCUGCGGCACCGGAGCAAAACAUCACUCAUGCGGAAUCGCAUUCUCCCGUAGUGGAUUCAUCGGUGAAUUCUGGGAUCCUGGAGCAACAGCGUGCAAUGGUUGACAAUCUGAUAGCACAAGGAUAUGAGCAGGACGCUGCCUACUAUGCUUUGAAGCUGGUCAAGUUCGCAAGCACAGCGGCUGCUGUUGAUGUGCUAAAACUCAUAAAUCAUGAUCACGCGAAUAUGGAGGAGAUGAAGAAUGUGAGUGACAUUUCAACACUGCAUAAUAUAGAUACUUAGCU